UGUUUUUGUAAAUUCUUUUUUUUUCGUUAAUCAUUGGCGGGACGUUUGCCUGCCUGCGGCGGAUCCCCCUAGCCGCCCGAUCAUCCCCUCUACAAGGUACAAAACUGUUUGUCAUCCGACGAGUCGAACGUUCUAGAAUAUUCCCUCGAUCGAUUCACAUUUGCCGGCUCUCCGGAUUGCGUGUGCUACUGUUCUGUGCCAAGCCAUAAGUCUGUUGUCUGUAUACUACACUAGGUUAUCAAUCAAAUCAUCUUUUGACUGCGUUCCGAUUACCGCAUAAAAGCCGAUAAUUUUUUUAUUUCUCGUCCACUGCACGCCCCCAUCCAUCGAUCAGUACAACACAUCCACGUGAUUAUUCCUUACCAUACCAUUUUCGCAAGUUAAUGGCCGCAAUGUCCGUAAUAGGUAUAGACUUCGGGAACGAAUCGUGUUAUGUGGCCGUGGCUCGAGCCGGUGGCAUCGAGACAAUCGCCAACGAUUACAGCCUGCGGGCCACGCCAUCAUGCGUGGCCUUCAGUCCCAGAAACCGCAUCAUUGGAGUGGCUGCCAAAAAUCAGAUGGUCACCAACAUGAAGAACACUGUGCACGGCUUCAAGCGAUUGCUGGGCAGAUCCAUCGACGAUCCGUUUGUCAAACAAGAGCUCAAGCACCUUCAAUUUGGUGUGGUCAAGUGCGACAACAACAAGAUCGGUAUCAACGUCAACUACCUCAAUGAACAACAAACGUUUAGCGUGGAGCAAAUAACUGGCAUGUUGCUGACCAAACUCAAAGAGAUAUCUGAGGUAACUCUCAAGACAAAGGUAAACGAUUGUGUUAUUUCAGUUCCUUCUUAUUUCACAAACGCYGAGCGCAAAGCACUGCUUGACUCUGCGUCCAUUGCUGGUCUCAACGUUCUGCGCCUCUUCAACGAGACCUCUGCCACGGCACUGUCCUAUGGUAUCUACAAACAGGACCUUCCCAAUCCCGAAGAAAAGCCACGAAACGUUGUAUUUGUUGACUGUGGGUACACAUCUCUUCAGGUAUUCAUCUGUGCAUUCAACAAAGGCAAACUUAAGAUGUUGGCCAGUACAUUUGAUUCUCAAUUGGGUGGAAGAGAAUUUGAUUACAUUUUAGCCGAACACUUCAGCAAAGAUUUCAAGAGUCGUUACAACAUUGAUCCUAGAACCAAUGCCAGGGCGUUUUUGAGAUUGUUGACAGAAGUUGAAAAAAUAAAGAAACAAAUGUCAGCUAAUUCUACCAAGUUGCCAAUGAACAUUGAGUGUUUUAUGGAUGACAAAGAUGUGCACGCAGAUAUUAAAAGAUCAGAAUUUGAAGAAUUAGCCAUGUAUUUAUUCAAUAGAGUUGAGGUCACAUUAGAACAGUGCCUUAAGGAUUCCAAACUGAGUAAAGAUGACAUUUAUUCCGUAGAAAUUGUUGGUGGUUCCAGCCGUAUUCCAUACAUUAAGAAUUUGAUAGAAAAAAUCUUUGGCAAGACACCUAGCACUACUUUGAAUCAAGAUGAGGCUGUGGCGCGAGGAUGUGCUUUACAAUGUGCAAUGCUAUCACCAGCUGUAAGAGUAAGAGAUUUCAGUGUGACCGAUAUUCAAAGUUUUCCCAUUGAACUCCUCUGGGAACCAUCAGACAACUCGGACGAUGGCCGUGCUGAAGUUUUCCCUAAAAACCAUGCUGUUCCGUUUUCAAAAAUGUUGUCAUUCUACAGAUUAGCUCCAUUUACUGUCAAAGCUCAUUAUUCUGGUCCUAUUCCUUAUGCAGAUAGUUAUAUUGGUCAAUUCACAGUUCGUGAUGUCAAACCAACAGCAGAUGGGGCAAGUCAAAAAGUCAAAGUGAAAGCUAGAAUUAAUUUACAUGGUAUAUUCAGCAUAAGUAGUGCUACACUUUUAGAGAAGGCUGAAUUACCAGAAGAAGUUCCAACUUCUGAACCGAUGGAAUCAAAUGAAAACGAGGCCCAGCCAACCGAACCUGAAGAGAAGAAAGAAGAAAAGAAAAAGUCAGUUACAAAGACCAUUGAUUUACGCAUUGAAUCAUUGACUCACGGUUAUUCGACCAUGGAUUUAAAUAACUAUAUUGAGCAAGAAGGUAAAAUGGUAGCAUCGGAUCGUCAAGAAAAGGAAAGAAUUGAUGUUCGUAACAGCCUCGAAGAAUAUAUUUAUGACAUGAGAAGUCGAAUUUCUASUGAUGAUGACCUAGCUUCUUAUAUUGUAGAUGCUGACAGACAAAAAAUUGUUCAACAGUUAGAAGAGCUGGAAGCUUGGUUGUAUGAUGAAGGCGAAGAAUGUCUUAAAAAUAUUUACUCAGAAAAAUUGGAUAUGUUAAAAAUGGUUGGUGAACCUAUCAAGAGACGUAAAGUGGAAUACACUACUUUCCCAUCCGUAAAAGAUCAAGCUAUCCAAUUAAUUUCAAAAGCUGAGAGAGACAUUGAUGCAUUUCACAAAGGCAGUGAGCAGUUUAACCACUUAGACAGUGCUGAAGUAGACAAAUUGGUCGAAACCCUUCAUAAUGCUAAGAGUUGGUUGGAAGAAAAAUCCGCCAAAGUAACUGCAUCUCCUUUAUAUAAAGACAUUCCGAUCAAGUUAGAUGAGUUUGUUAGAGAGAAACAUAGUAUAGAAGAGAAUGUAAGCAAAGUUUUAUACAAACCAAAGCCUGCACCUAAAGUAGAACCACCGCCACCUAAGGAAGAAGAGAAAAAAGAAACCGAACCAAUGGAAACUGAGCAGCCAGUCGAAAACGGCAAAGAUGCUUAAAAUGUUACUUUAACAAAUUUUUUUUUCUAUUGUUUAAUAUAUUUAACUUUUUUAUUUCAAAAAUGUCACCUUUAUAUUUAAACAAUGUUUGUAUUCACAAAUAUGAAAUAAUUUUGUAAGMAACAUAUUGUGUAUUACUGUUUAAUAGAUGGAAAAAACAAAUUUACUAGAACAAUAAUAGAAAUGUUAUAUUUCAUUAUUUUCCUUCCUCCUGUGUUAACUAUUAAUUUACUAACUUUGAUUAAAGAAAGUAUAAAAUUGUUCUUCAUGUUUAAUGAUAAUUAAUAAACUGUAUUAUUCUGUUUAA